AUGACCUCCAACAUGUUCUCCAAGCUGCUACAAUCCAGACCCGCUCGUUCUUUCUAUGACGACCUGAGAGCCAGAGACGGCAACUCUGAUGUUGAAGACCGUGCUGGGCUUUUGGAUGAAGAGAACCUCAACCAUCAGUUUCACGAGUAUGAUUUGGAACAUGCAGAAGGAAUCGGCGUCGACGAUAGUAGGCUCUCUCUCGAGCGCGCGACUAGGCAGAUGGGAGGACGCGAUCACGGAGGCCACGGUUCCCACAAAGAUGCCCACCCGAGGUGGUUUACACCCGAUGAGGAUGGGGAUAAUGAUGUGCCCGCAUCCUUAUUAGUUGAACCUCACACUGGCACGGGGCAGCGGAGGGAGAAGUCUGAGCCCUCUAAGCCCGGUGUUGCCCCGGGGCCCUCCACAAGAAAAGCUCGUGCUCAGUGGGAGACGGCGCAAGCCCAACAGAGGCUACAUCAAGACGAUGAUUUUGUCCCGCCUCGCAACCUGGGCGGCCCCAGGGCAUUCCUGGCUGGCGUCGCUCCGGGUAAUGCGAGAAAGAAGGCCGAGUGGAGGUGGGCUAACGUCUCGAACCUCGACAACUUCAUCAGGGACGUAUACGACUACUACCAUGGCUAUGGUAUCUGGUGCAUUCUAUUGGAGAGGUUCCUCCAUUUACUAAACGUCGUAUUUGUCGCCGUAUUCCUAACCUUUCUCACCCAAUGCAUAGACUACCGCAAGGUCAGAGAUAGCAAGACCAUGUCGGAGAUUCUGGUCCCCCGCUGCACGAAGAACAUGUCUGGACUCUGGAACCUUGGCCUCUGGGUCUUUACAUUCUACUUCAUCUGGAAGUCGAUCCAGUAUCUCUUGGACCUCCGGCGUCUGUUCAACGUGCGCGACUUCUAUGUCUACUUGCUCAACAUUCCUGAUGAGGACAUGCAGACGGUCACAUGGCAGGACAUUGUAGCUCGGAUUAUGGCGCUAAGGGACCACAACCCCAAGACGGCGAUGCACUUAACGCCGGCCCAGCGGCGAUACAUUGGAAGCCAAUCCAAGGAAAGGCUUGAUGCCUCCGACAUCGCCAACCGUCUAAUGAGGCGGGAGAACUACCUAAUUGCUCUUUUCAACAAGGAUGUCUUGGACCUCAAGCUCCCGAUUCCGUUUCUUCGCUCGAAUGAGCUCUUCUCCCGCACUCUCGAGUGGACCCUCAUGUUCAGCGUUCUAGAUUUCGUUUUCGAUGAACAGGGCCAGGUAAACCAGGAAUUUUUGAAGUCUGAUCGCCGUGGUGAGCUCAGCGCGAAGCUCAGGGGGCGGUUCAUCUUCGCCGGGUUUAUGAACCUCAUCCUCGCACCGUUCCUCACUGGAUACCUCCUAAUCGUAUACUUCCUGACCUACUACCAGGAAUACCAGAAGAAUCCAUCCGCCAUAGGUGCGCGUACUUACACGCCCCUUGCGGAGUGGAAAUUUAGAGAGUUCAACGAACUGCCCCAUCUCUUCCGGAAGCGGCUCAACAUGUCCCAUCCCUAUGCGGCUCACUAUAUAGACCAGUUCCCGAGAGUGAAGACCGAGAUGCUCUUUAGAACAGUGGCGUUCAUAGCCGGCGCUCUCGUGACGGUCUUAGCCAUUACUACCUUGAUCGAUCCGGAGCUGUUCCUGAAUUUUGAGAUCACCCAUGAUCGGACUGUCCUAUUCUACGUGGGAAUUCUUACCGCUGUGUGGGUGUAUGCCCACGGGAGCAUCUCGGAGGAAAAUACCGUCUUCGACCCGGAGUUCGCCCUCCGAAACGUGAUCGAGUACACCCACUACGAGCCGGAUCACUGGAAUGAGCGACUUCACAGCUAUGACGUUAAGAAGGAGUUCUCGGAACUGUACAAGAUCAAGAUCGUCAUUUUCUUCGAGGAAGUCCUCAGCAUCCUGGUCACACCUCUGCUGCUAUUCUUUAGCCUCCCCAAAUCAAGCAACCAGAUCAUCGACUUCUUCCGCGAGUUUACAAUCCACGUCGACGGACUCGGCUAUGUCUGCUCCUUUGCAGAGUUUGAUUUCAAGAAGGGUCUUGAGAACGCAAAGAAGCGGGCGGACGGAGUCGACGUGCGAGACGACUACUACGCGACGAAGCAUGGCAAGAUGGAGGCGUCGUAUUACGGCUUUAUUGGGAACUACGGCAAUUACAUGUUCAACCAAAAGGCCGGAGGUCCCAGUCAUCUACCUCCGAGCGUGCGGCAACAGUUCCAUCCCCCUCCCGCUUGGCCAAGCAUGAACUCGCCGACGCUAGCGGCGGAUUUGCAAGGAUCCCGGAUCGGGCGAAGCGAGCGACCAAGAAGCCGCGCGCCCGCCAGGACCCCCCGCUUCGGACCUAUCGUUCCCCAGCCGUCGCCGAUGGCAUCAAUCCUGCUAGAUCCCCAUCAUCAACCUCCUCCCAGUAACUUUGGAAGCAAGAGCGCUCACCGAACCCGGCAAGCCGGGGGAAGAGGGGCGUAUGCGGCGAGCAACAUCAUCGAGGAGUCGGUCGAGGAUGGACUGGAAGAAAGGGGAGAAUCAAAAGACGACGAAGACGAAGAUGCGUACGAGAGUGGGGGUGCAUUGGACGAAUCGACGUGGCAGACUUCACCCACAAAGGCGUUGAGCAGGGAGAACAGUGGGACCAACGCUGACGAACCAGUUGCUGGGGUGGUGGGCAUGAUCUACCAGUUCAACCAGGCCCAGCUGAAUCGACGACCGGGCGGCGUUAGGUGA